AUGUCUCUUUCAAUGGACGGUGCACUCUUCCCUCACAAACCUCCAUACCCAAUUCAAUCCAAAAGACCUCCACCAACAACUCCAUCCGCUAAUCAGUCCGUCAAAUUCAGCUCCGCCACAUUUCACUUACCUCCUCCCUCUCCUCCGUCUUUCCCUCUCGAUUCGCUUCUCCACCAUCUCGUCCACCUCUCUUCCACGCCGCGACACGCCAAUUCCGCCGCCGCUCGUUUCCCUUCUCUCGAGGUCUCGACGGAAUCGACUCAUAAAUGGCGUCACGAGGUGAAAUCGGCGAAACCCGUUUCCGGUUCCGUUCUGGGUAUCGAAAUUGGAAGCGAAGAAGCGAAAUUUGGAAACGGGUCUUUGAAGUUACUGUGCAAGAAGGAAGUCGUGCUGCUCAAUUCCAUCGUCGAACAUCCAUUGCCCGGAUUGAGCAGUUUCUUCGAUUCCGCGAAAUCGGAAUUGCUCAGAACCGAUUUGUUCAGCUUGGUCAAGGGUUUAGAUGAUUCGGGAAACUGGGAAAGAGCGGUUUUGCUGUUUGAAUGGUUAGUUUCAGCUUCGAAUUCAGGAGCUUUGAAGCUAGAUAACCAUGUCAUCGAGAUCUUAGUUAGAAUCUUAGGUAGAGAAUCUCAAUACUCUGUUGCAGCUAACCUGCUCGAUCAAAUUCCUCUGCAAGACUAUCUGCUCGAUGUUCGCGCUUACACGACCAUUCUCCAUGCUUAUUCACGCACAGGGAAGUAUGAGAGAGCAAUCAAUCUGUUUGAGAGGAUGAAAGAGAUGGGACCUUCACCUACUUUGGUAACGUACAACGUGGUUCUCGAUGUUUUCGGGCGAAUGGGUCGAUCUUGGAGCAAAAUCCUAACAGUUUUAGACGAAAUGAGAAGCAAAGGAUUGGAAUUUGAUGAGUUCACUUGUAGCACUGUGUUAUCUGCUUGUGCAAGAGAAGGUUUGUUAAGACAAGCCAAGGACUUUUUCGCUGAGCUUAAGUCAAGCGGCUACGAGCCUGGAACCGUGACUUACAAUGCCCUGUUGCAAGUUUUUGGUAAAGCAGGAGUUUACACAGAAGCGUUAAAGAUUCUGAAAGAGAUGGAGGAGAACAACUGCCCAGCAGAUUCCGUGACGUACAAUGAGCUCGUUGCUGCUUAUGUUAGAGCUGGUUUUAGCAAGGAAGCUGCUGGUGUCAUUGAGAUGAUGACGCGAAAGGGUGUGAUGCCGAACGCAAUCACUUACACUACGGUGAUAGAUGCGUAUGGAAAGUCAGGGAAGGAGGAAGAGGCUUUGAAGCUGUUUCAUAGCAUGAAGAAAGCCGGUUGUGUUCCGAACACUUGCACUUACAAUGCAGUGCUUAGCAUGUUGGGGAAGAAGUCGAGAUCGAAUGACAUGAUAAAGAUGCUUUGUGAUAUGAAGUCUAAUGGAUGUUCCCCGAAUCGUGUCACUUGGAACACGAUGCUUGCUCUCUGUGGGAAUAAAGGUAUGGAUAAGUAUGUGAACAGGGUGUUCCGUGAGAUGAAGAGCUGCGGAUUUGAGCCUGAUAGAGACACAUUCAACACGUUGAUCAGUGCGUAUGGGAGAUGUGGUUCAGAUGUUGAUGCGUCGAAAAUGUUUGGCGAGAUGACUAGAGCCGGUUUUAACGCUUGUGUUUCGACUUACAACGCGUUACUUAACGCAUUGGCUAGACAAGGCGAUUGGAGAUCAGGUGAGAAUGUGAUCUCCGACAUGAAAAGCAAAGGUUUCAAACCGACGGAGACAUCUUACUCCUUGAUGCUUCAGUGUUAUGCUAAGGGAGGGAACGUUUUAGGGAUAGAGAGAAUCGAGAAGGAGAUCGUGGAGGGCUAUAUAUUCCCGAGCUGGAUGCUUUUGAGAACGUUACUUCUCGCAAACUUCAAAUGCCGAGCACUCCCGGGGAUGGAGAGAGCAUUCACACUGUUCAAAAAGAACGGGUACAAACCGGACAUGGUGAUUUUCAACUCGAUGCUCUCCAUCUACACAAGGAACAACAUGUAUGAUCAAGCACACGAGAUCCUCCAAUCUAUCCGCGAGCACGAGCUAAACCCGGAUCUCGUAACAUACAACAGCCUCAUGGACAUCUACGUGAGAAGAGGAGAGUGUUGGAAAGCGGAAGAGAUCCUCAAGGGUCUAGACAAGUCUCAGUUAAGACCCGACCUCGUCUCUUACAACACGGUGAUCAAAGGUUUCUGCAGGAAAGGGUUGAUGCAAGAAGCGGUGAGGAUGCUUUCCGAGAUGUCGGAGCGCGGGAUCAGACCGUGCAUUUUCACUUACAACACGUUUGUUUCGGGUUACACGGCGAUGGGAAUGUUUGAAGAGAUUGAGGAUGUGAUUGAGUGUAUGGGGAAGAACAAGUGCAGACCGAAUGAGUUGACUUAUAAGAUGGUUGUUGAUGGUUAUUGCAGAGCAGGCAGGUAUAGUGAAGCCAUGGUUUUUGUUUCCAAGAUUAAGUCCCUUGAUGCUUUCUUUGAUGAUCAGUCCAUCCAUCGGCUUGCUCUACGUGUACGUGAGAAUCUAGAGUCCUAA